AGUGAUGAAUGGCAACGCCGCCAAACAACCACCCCCUCGAGUCGGUGGUUGCUAUUAUUUAUCUGUCAAGUUGUUCUUCGUGCCGCCCGCGCCGUCUGCGAUAUGAAAGUAUCGAAUGGUUCGCAAAACGCAGAGUGGUAAAUCGCCCAAAAAAUCAAAAAGGGCUUGCAGCGAAGGGGGCGGCGGCGAGGGUGCGGGAAAUCUCAUGUUCACGACGUACAAUGAAACUUCAGUGCACAAAAGGAAUUUGUGCAUUGUCUCUUUUCCAAUCAUAUUCCUGUUCAAUCUGUUCAGGUCUCUGUUGUACCAAAUCUUUGUCAUAUUUCGUUUUAUCUACUGUAGCUCUUCAUACUACUUGGUGCGUACCAGGGCUGAAGAGCCUACAGAAUGCAUUGAAGGUGGCACUGUUGUGAUCGAAGAGAUUCAAGACAUGCCACUUGCACCAAGGAACACUUCUGGUCCAGGCCCAGGAGAUCCACUCCUAGCCAAGCAGAAGCAUCACCACAGAAGGGCCUUUGAAUAUAUAUCUAAAGCACUUAAAAUUGAUGAAGAAAAUGAAGGCCAGAAGGAGUUAGCAAUUGAACUGUAUAGGAAGGGCAUCACAGAACUUGAGCUGGGCAUUGCAGUUCAAUGUUGGGGUGGCCGAGGGGAGGUCUGGGAAAGGGCUCAGAGACUCCAUGAGAAAAUGAAGACCAACUUGGCUAUGGCAAAAGACAGGUUGCAGUUUCUAGAAAGCAUGGAUGGUUUAGAGCGUUUAGCUGUUUUAAGUGAAUCAGCCCCAACACUUAGUAAUUCAAACAAUAGCAAUAUUCCAAAACCUAAACUAGUUCCAAGUACAGCAGCUUCUGGAAAGAAAUUGACGAUAGCAGCGAAACGACCGCCAAAUUCUGCAUUGUCUAAAAGUCAAACAUUGCCGAGAAGCAUGGGGUCAAGAAGUGCCCCGAUCCAACCCGUCCGCCCUUUCAAUAAAUUAUCGUCAACACCGCCUGCAAUAAAGAAGCAAUUGUCCAUCCCAGGUUCCAGUUCACCAGCCAGAAAAGCCCCAUCCGCAACCGGUAUCGCUAAACCUGCUAGUAAAAAGUCCCUCAACCUGCGAGGAGUAGAUCCAAAAUUGGCUCAAAAUAUAUUGGAUGAAAUCGUCGAAGGCGGACAAGCCGUGCAAUGGGAAGACAUCGUGGGUCAAGAAACCGCUAAACAAGCGCUACAAGAAAUGGUAAUUCUUCCAUCGUUAAGACCGGAAUUAUUCACCGGACUUAGAACGCCUGCCAGAGGCUUGUUGCUAUUCGGACCGCCGGGAAAUGGAAAAACUUUGUUAGCUAGGGCAGUAGCCACAGAAUGCCAAGCUACAUUCUUUUCUAUAAGCGCCGCCAGUCUCACAUCAAAGUUCGUUGGAGAUGGAGAGAAACUUGUGAGAGCCUUAUUCGCUGUUGCCAGAGAGCUACAGCCGUCCAUAAUAUUUAUCGAUGAAGUUGAUUCGUUGUUGUCUGAACGCUCUAAUAACGAACACGAAUGCAGUCGACGGCUGAAAACCGAGUUUUUGGUUGAAUUCGACGGAUUACCAAGCAAUCCAGAAAGUGAAAAAGUUGUCGUCAUGGCUGCUACAAAUAGACCUCAAGAAUUAGACGAGGCUGCGCUUCGCCGUUUUCCAAAAAGAGUAUAUGUGACUUUACCAGAUUUGGAAACUAGAGCGGAACUGUUGAAAAAGCUAUUGGCUAAACAAGGUUGCUCGUUAAGUAACGGAGAAAUGAAGCGUUUAGCUACAUUAACCGAUGGUUAUUCAGGUUGUGAUUUGACUGCUCUCGCUAAAGACGCUGCGCUUGGACCAAUAAGAGAACUACAACCAGAGCAAGUAAAACAUUUGGAUCCAGGUGCUGUUAGAGGUAUAACAAUCAGCGAUUUUCUGGAUUCACUGAAGCGCAUAAGAAGAAGUGUUUCGCCGCAGAGUCUCGUGGCCUACGAGAAAUGGUCUCUGCAAUACGGAGACGUUUCGUUUUAAUAAGCCCAUCAUUCCGUUUCCAUGAUAUUUAGUUGUGUAGUAAACAAUUAUUUUUGUACGAAUUAUGUUCAAACAACAAAAAACAAAAUACUCGUGCGUAUUUAUUUAAUUAAAAACAGAUUUUGCUUGUUAUUUUAUUUAUUUGCCUGGCCACUAUUUGGAUAGAUGUGAUUUAGUUUAAGGAUGUGCGUUGUUUAAAAUAAGCUUAUUAUAAUUAGGUUGAGUUGAGUUUUAUAUUAUUUAAGAGGAAAGUUCUAAUGUUUUGUUUGGUUAUAUGAAUCUUUGGACGUCC